AAAAGCCAUGUUCAGGGUAGGCAUUUGUGCAACAAAGUUGAAUGAACUUUCAAGAAUUGAAGCCCUCGUCUCAAAGCCAAAGCGAAGAUGUUGGGCUGGACUUGUCACGGGUGCAAUGGAAACUUAUGAACCCAGAAAUUACAGAAGGGAGAAGGCAGAAUAUGCCAAUGUGAACUGGGAUGAACUUGGAUUUGCUCUAACUAAAACUGAUUACAUGUAUGUAAUGAAUUGGUCAAAAGAACAAGAAAAGUUUUCCCAAGGAAUCUUAACUCGCUUUGGAAACAUCGAGAUGUGCCCUUCUUCUGGAAUAUUAAACUAUGGCCAGGGGUUAUUCGAGGGACUGAAGGCGUAUAGGAAGGAAGAUGAGGGAAUUUUGCUGUUCAGGCCAGUAGAGAAUGCCCUGCGGAUGAAGAUUGGUGCGGAUAGAAUGUGCAUGCCAUCUACAACCAUUGAGCAAUUUGUCGAUGCUGUCAAAAAGACUGUCCUGGCCAACAAACGCUGGGUACCACCGCAUGGGAGAGGAGCACUAUAUAUCAGGCCUCUGCUCAUGGGAACUGGCCCAAACCUGGGAGUGAAACCAGCGUCUGAGUACACAUUUGUAGCGUAUGCUUCCCCCGUGGGCAAUUAUCACGAGGGUGGUCUGAACCUGAUCGUUGAAGACAAUCUCUAUCGAGCGACUCCUGGUGGUACAGGAGGCGUCAAAGCUGUCGCUAAUUACUCACCAAUUUACAGGGCAUUAACUCAAGCAAAAGCCAAAGGAUUCUCCGAUGUCUUAUUUCUCGAUGCAUUGACUAGAAGAAACAUUGAGGAGGGUUCUGCAUGCAAUAUCUUCAUUCUCAAGGGAAAUGUUAUCUCAACUCCAACAGCUCAUGGGACAAUUCUCCCAGGAAUUACAAGAAAAAGCAUCAUUGAAAUUGCUUUAACUUUUGGUUACCAGGUUGAGGAACGACCUGUUCCAAUCGAGGAGGUGUUUGAUGCUGAAGAAGUCUUUUGCACAGGGACAGCUAUGGUUCUCAAGUCUGUUGCAAGUAUAACCUACCAGGGUAAAAGGAUUAAAUACAAAAUGGGAGCAGAAACAGUGGCUCAGAAAUUGUAUGGAACACUAACAGGAAUUCAAACUGGCCUUAUCGAGGACAAGAUGGGAUGGACCAUUGAGAUCGAUUAACCUCCUUCCUUUAUGAUAAUACCGAAUCGAACCUAGGAGAAAGAGCAACUCUUUAGUUUCAACGGUGAAAGAAAUGUUAUAAUAGCCUAAAAUUCGUCGAUGAAUAAAAUUGAGCUACUUCCACCAUUAAAAAAAUAGAAUAAAUAAGAGCACUUGAACAUUUGACAGAAUGAAAAUUGCAUGUUUCCUCUGCUUAAAAAUUGCAAUAAAAAUCCUAU